UAAGCAGGGGCCGCACAGUGGGGACAAGCGGGUGAGAGGCUGACUGGCACUUCUGAGAUGCAAGAAGGGGCUGCCAGGGCAGGGUCUGGCUGUGGGGUCUGUGCCCGUGGAAUAUUGUCCAGGGGGCUGGGAUUUAUUCCCAGGCUUGGUUUGUGCGUACCAGGCUGGAGGUAGCAGUGCUGGGCCAUGGGAAGGGGCACACUGUGGUGAGAUGCUCCCCACCAUGGGGAGAAAGCACAGGUAGGAGGACAAAGCACGGGGACACGUCGGGGUGUUUGCUUCGUAGGUGUCGAAGAGAGGCCAUCCCUCCGCACCCGGCUGCCGAGCAUGUUCCACCUCUUCUCUCACUGCUGGUCGUGGCUGAAGGCCAUACAAGAACCCAUCAGGAAGGUGACCUUACUUGUCUUGGGGCUGGACAAUGCGGGGAAAACCUCUGUCAUCAUGGACUUAGAGAGAGCGCUGGCCGGUGAAGUGCUGCCCGCGGCGCAGCCCGGCCAGACCUGCCUGCGGGUGGACAGGUUCGAGGUGACACUGGUGGAUCUGCCCGGGGGCCAGCGCUCCCGCAGCGCCUGGCGCAGCCACUACAGCACAGCACACGGGCUCCUCUUCGUCCUGGACUCCAGUGACCUGGCGCGGAUAGAGGAGGCCCGCAAGGUCCUGAGCCGCGUCCUGAGCCAUCCCGAUGUCUCCGGGAAGCCCCUCUUACUGCUGGCCAACAAGCAGGACGCGGCGGCCGCGCUGCUGCCCUGCGAGCUGAUCGAGCGCCUGUCCCUGGAGCGGCUGGUCAACGAGAACCGCUCGCCCUGCCGCAUCGAGCCCUGCGCCGCCAAGCGCGGCCCCCCCGCCGGCCCGGGCCGCGCCACCCUGCAGGGGCUGCGCUGGCUGCUCCGCGCCGCCCCCGCCGCCCCCGCCGCCGCCACGCCGCCCGGCCCCGGCCCCAGGGCCGCCCGCGGCCGCCCGCCCGCCCGCAGGGACCCGCCGCUCCCCGCGGAGGAUGCCCGAGGCGGCGCGGGGAAGACGGAGGAGGACCGGCCGCUGCGGCCCGGCCGCCGCCUCCCGCCCCCGGAGGAGAGCACCAAGGGCCCCGGCAGGAGGAAGAGGAAGGUGAAGGUGAAGAAGAAGGGCUUGGGGCAGCCAAGCCCAGAUGAGGGGCCGGAGGGACCCAGAGGAGGGGGCGACAGCCAAGCAAGUGCUGCCAGAGGGCUGCUGCCCCACAACAGUGUUGGGCAGGAGGAGCCCACAGCCACCAGGAUGGCUGCCCCCCACCCAGUGCAGGGCAUGAAAAAGAAAAAGAAGAAGAAAAUCAAGAAUAAAAUCAAGUCACAGGAACCUGCUGCAGAGCAGCAGCGUGAGGAGGUCUCAAGCACCUUUGACUUGUACCGCCGGGCGAUGCUGGCUCUGAAGAUGAGGCAGGAGCAGAGGAAGCAGUCAUCUGCCAUUGCCCCCUGAGCAGGGAAGGUACAUCCCAGGGGAUGUGUGGUUCCAGGGGAGCCCAGACUGCAGUGGCAGUGGGACCCAUGUGCGUGCAGAGCUUCUGGUGUGCUUGGCCAGGGUUGGCAAUCCUCAGCCACGGGUCCUGAGGCAUAAACAGCAUCAUUGUCCUCUGCAUGGCUUGAAAACCGGGGAUCCACUGGAGCAAGCCAAAAGUCCCUUUGUAAGAUGCCUCUGUGGCAGCCGGGCUGCAAACCCAUCUGAAAAGGGAACAGUCGGCCACUUGCCGACCCCGUGUUAAUAUUCUGUGGAAGACUCAGUCUGAACCUGACCACGUCUGCGGAAGAGAGGAAGAUCAGAGCAAAUAUCCCAGGGGAAAAGCCUGUCUCUUGAAUUGACCUAUGCCCAGACAAAGCUGUCUUUGCAGGUCAGUCCCUGGCUGCUGCCUGGACAAGUCUCCCUUCCUGCUGGUGAAGGUGGGAGGGUAGUCAUGGAUGGUCUGCACAAGAGCUUUACCCAGCUGCCAGCCACAUCUAGCAGGGCUGUCGGGGGCCCUCUCACGUGGUGGAGGAGGGUGAUGCCUGUGUUGUCUAGGCAUCCUUGCAGCCCUUGGUGAAGGCUUAGCUCAACGGCAGCUGGUGGUAGAGGCUGCUGGACGUUCCUUCCCCAGGACUGUUCCUCCUGAGCCUGCCAUCCUUCCAGGAGGGACAGCAGUGCCCUGCAGGUGAUGCAGAAUCCUCCUGUGUCACUGACAGCCUGGUCCCCUGCAGCCCCGGGCAGUCCCUGACCUGUGCUCAGCUCAGCUCUGAGAUGGGAGAAGGAGCAGCACCCACAUCCCAACACAACCUGCCUGUGGCCCACACCACCACAGAGCCAUGCUGUUGUGGGGGCUGGGCUGUGCCGAAGGGCUCAUGCUGCCCGGCUCCAGCUGGGUGCACGUGUAGGGAAGCCACCCGUCAGCCCUGGAAACACUUCGCAUGAAAUCAGGAGUGCAGCAAUUUUCCUUUCACAGCUGCAACAGCGUUAGGACGUGAACUGAGCUCAGCAGCAAAGCAUGUGUCGUCUCUGCUCCCAUGAUUACUGAUUAACAGGCGAUGCCUUUGUAAUCCAGGGGAAGAAAAAACAUUAAAGGCGUUUCCUUGGCAGGGCUGAAAAGGGAAAAGCAGAGAAACUCUGGCUACUCUGCUUUGCCAGUCUGUUGUGAAGUUCUAACUCUGCCACAUUCAAAUGUCAGUGAUUAGGAAUUAAUCGUAAAUAAAUUGUAAAUGACAAGAGCACAAA